AGCAGCGCGCUCAGAACCCGCAGCCCUUCGCGCCCCUCCCGGCCGGCUCCCGCGAGCUGCUGUUGCAUGGGGCGCCGCCGGCGGCCGAGGGAGCGUGACUGCGCUGCGCAGGGCGCUAGGAGGCAUUGUCGCCGCACAGGUCCCCUUAUAAGCAGCAGACCAGCCCGGUGGCUGGCAUCAGGACACCUGCGUCUGCAUGCUGAGGAAGAUGGGUGAGGCCGUGGCCAGAGUUGCGAGGAAGGUCAAUGAGACGGUGGAGAGUGGUUCCGACACCCUGGAUCUGGCCGAGUGCAAGCUGGUUUCCUUCCCCAUCGGCAUCUACAAGGUCCUGCGGAAUGUCACCGACCAGAUCCACCUCAUCACGCUGGCCAACAAUGAGCUCAAGUCCCUCACCAGCAAGUUCAUGACGACUUUCUCUCAGCUCCGAGAACUCCACCUGGAAGGGAACUUCCUGCACCGUCUGCCCAACGAGGUCAGCACCCUUCAGCACCUCAAGGCCAUUGACCUGUCCCGGAAUCACUUCCACGACUUCCCCGAGCAGCUCACCACCCUGCCUGCGCUGGAGACCAUCAAUCUAGAGGAGAACGAGAUUGUAGACGUGCCCGUGGAGAAGCUGGCCGCCAUGCCCGCCUUGCGCAGCAUCAACCUGCGCUUCAACCCGCUGAACGCCGAGGUGCGCGUCAUCGCCCCGCCGCUCAUCAAGUUCGACAUGCUUAUGUCCCCGGAGGGCGCGCGGGCCCCCCCACCCUAGGCCUCCCUCCUCAUGCCCGCCCAGCAAGGGACAGAGGCCACCUGGCCUGGCACCCUGAGGGCAGGGAGGCCUGGCCUGUGGGAGGCCAAGCCUGGGGGGCUGGGGGCAGGUGGGCUGAACAGAGUGGCGGGAGGGGUGCGGCGUCCAGGAUAGAUAGCAUAGAGCAGUAGUGGGCCCUGGAAUGCUCGGAGGCAGGCGGCGAAGAAUGGGCUGGAGCCCAGACUCAGGGUGAAUCUGGGCAAAUCCUCACCAUCUCUGAGCCUUGUAAUUAAUUUGAAGAAAGGGGCAGUGGUGGGUUUUGUUGUUGUUGUUGUUGUUGUUGUUUGCCUCCUUUGGGCUUCGUGGAGGCUUUGGGGGGAACUCAUGCCUCCAACUUACCUUCAAAUCACCGAUAUCUCCUGAGCCCAUGGAUGAGCAUCGCUGAGCAUCUUCUGGGCCCUUGUGGGUUGGAGGCCUUGUUUCUAGUGCAGAGAGCCAGUCGCUGUCCUGAGAAGGACAGAAGACAACCUCCAUCUAUUUAUUGCUUCCUAUGAUCCGACCCGGAUGAGCCCUCCCCAGUGCUCCAUCCUCAGCCCUGUGGGCCUCUGGAUUGGCAGGAACCUGAACCAGGAGUCGUGGGAAAGCUGAGGAGAGUGUGUGGCCCAGCGCUGCAAUGGGGCUGCAAACAUUUGUAUAGGAGCCCAAGGACCAUCAGGCCAGCAAGUGGGGAGCAAACCAAGUUGGCUCUGUCUUUCCUCAUGAUGAAGAAAUUAGUAGGAAGAAGAAAAAAAAAACAAAAAGGAGUUCCUGCUGUGGCACAGUGGGUUGAGGAUCAGGCAUUGCUGUGGCUGCAGCUCAGAUUUGACCCCUGGCCUGGGAACUUUCAUAUGCCUCAGGUGUGGCCAAAAAAGAAAGAAUGAAGGGAAUUGGAGGGGUAGGAAGUCCUGAAGGCUCCGUCCCUCCCCAGGAGGGACCAGGUGUCCUGGCAUCAGCUUCUGCUGCAGGAGCAGCCCAGAGAGAAAGAAAGCCAUUUGCCCCUGUGGCACCAUCGACACAGUUUCCCUCCAGCAGCAGUCUGCCUGCCUUGUUAUUGGUCUCUGUGGGGGCAGAAGGCACUUUGGACCAUUGGAUUUGUGGCCAGCCAGCUCCCAGGCCACCACCCAAAGCCCUGAUGACCUAGUCAUCUCAGGGCCCUUGACCUGGAGUCUAGGGUGCGGCCAGGCAAUUGUAUGACCAACCAUCUGUUCACCUGGACUGAGGGGUUUGCUAGGACGUGGGGCUUUCAGUGCUAACAACGGGACAGUACCCGGCAAACAAGGACAACUGGUCCCUCUACCAGGAGGUGGCCUGGGGCUCUUGCUUCCUGACAGCAUCUGUGGUUUGGAAAACUCCCAACUCCUUGAUCCCUGGUAUCUACCUCCCACCUUCUCAUCUGUGGAGCAAACAGACUCAGCCCAAGCCCACCUGGCCUGGUCUGUGGGAGACACCCACGGCCCCAGGACUGGAAGCAAGCAGGCUACGCAAGCCCUACAUCCACAGACCAGUGGCCACUCUUCUACUCCUAAGGUUAGACUGUUCCGAGCUCAGACCACCACUCAGAGCACUGACCCUUUCUCAGAACGCUUCCAGCCCCAUUCCCCGGCCCCAGCUGGGGCCUGCUCCUGCCCAGGCCUUCUGUCUCUUAGCAAGAAGCUGACAGGUUGGGCCACUGUCGGCUCAUUGCUGAGUACUCGGUGUUCACUCUGCUCAUCUCCCAAGGCCUGGCUGGUGAAGCUCUGGGAACAAAGGUUUUCAGGGUGGGAGGUUGAAACGGGAUUUUCUAGGGCUUCUGAGAUGAGCCAUGGAUGCUGGGGACAAGUGGGCCUGCAGGCCAGUGCAGGCUGGCCUGGCCCCACCCAGCCUGGGUCCUGAAGUGGGUUUUCUCUUUGUCAAAAAGUGGGGGUUGGGGCACUUUUCUGAUCUGCACAAAGUCAUUGUAUGGCCAGAGCCCUGCGACUCAAGUGUGAUCCAUGGGAGCUCAUUAGAAAUGCAGAAUCCCAGGCCCACCCCAGAUCUGCAGAAUCAGAGCCUGCAUUUCAAAAGAUUCCAGGUGAUUCCUACAAGCACUUUACUGUGUGAGAAGCAGGGGCCUAGGGUGACCCUGGGGGGUGCCCUUGGAGUGGAGGGUGAAGGGUCUCAGCUCCUCCCUGCACCGUCAGGGGUCCGAGUCUGUGCUCAUCUCCCCCUCCUAAAACCAGUCCCCAGAGACCCUGGACCUCUUAGAUCUUUUCAGAGUCUGCGUGGCACUCCCGGUGAAGGGACAGCCACCAGGAGGUGAGGGCUGGAUUUGCCUUCUGGAACCCUGCCUUUCUGGGUAACCUCUGCAUGCCAAGCAGCUGCUUCCCCGGGUCCUCACCACAGGCCCUCUGAAGGGGUCGCUUCUGGAAGCUGCUUCCUGCUCUGCUUGGAGAGUUUGCCUUUGCCUGCUGGGAAAGCUUGGGCAGUCAGAAAAACUCCCAAUCAAAGCCCACUGUGUAAGUGAGCCCUUAGCUUCAGUCUGCAAUAAAGAACGCGUUGGUUUCAUCUGCA